GCGCCGGCUCAUUUCCGGCUGCUCCGGCGCGGCGGCCCAGACCCGGCCCGCAUGCUCCAGACCCGGCACCCCUCCGGGAGCGGCGGACGUCCGCGGGGGAGCAGGUGACUGAGGCGGCGGGCAUGGCCGCGGCCUGGAAGCGCGCGCUGCUGGUCCUGCUGGCCUCGCAGGUGGCGUCCGCGGCGGGCUCUUCGGAGGAGGACGAGGUUCCCGGGGAGUGGGUCCUGCUGCACGUGGUGCAGGGCCAGAUCGGAGCCGGGAACUACAGCUACUUGAGGCUGAACCACGAGGGGAAGAUCGUUCUCCGGAUGCAGAGCCUGAGAGGGGACGCGGACCUGUACGUGUCGGACAGCACCCUGCACCCCAGCUUCGACGACUACGCGCUGCAGUCCGUCACCUGCGGCCCGGACGAGGUGUCCAUCCCCGCGCACUUCCGGCGGCCCGUGGGCAUCGGCAUCUACGGGCACCCGUCGCACCACGAGAGCGAGUUCGAGAUGAAGGUGUACUUCGACCGCAGCGUGGAGCCGUCCCCGUUCGCCGAGGUCGCGGCCUCGGACGGCAGGGACCCGGGGCACAGGCACGCGCAGGCCCCCGAGGACGCGCCGCAGGAGGAGGAGUCGGUGCUCUGGACCGUCCUGAUCAGCGUCCUGAAGCUGGUGCUGGAGAUCCUGUUCUGAGCCCCCGAGCGGCCCGGGCGUCCCGC